ACACACACACACACACACACACACUCCCACCGACACACUCGCACAGUCAGAGCGCAGCGCAGAGGAGCGCAGCGCAGAUCGGUGCCAGACGCACGGUCCAACUUUUAGUUUUCUGGCGUCGUUGAAUUUAAUUCUGAGGAGUUUUAUGAAAUCACUUCUCGCUGCGGAGUCUCAGUCUGCUGGGUUUGAAAGUUUAAAGUCUGUUUUCGCUCCUUGGUUGGAAUAUCUUCGGGGAUUUUAAAAAGGUGGACGCUUCACGGCGCGCAGGUACGGCACCGUUUAAAGCGACAUAACGGCUGAUUUGAAGUCGGUGUGGACUCGGGUUCACACCUGUGGCUCCGAUCCUAACGCUGCUUGUCUCUGUUUGCAGGAGUCCUGCUGGGAAACAGUCGCUCUGGUUUCUUUGCGUCUCCGGAGCGCGCAGCAGCUCGGAGCGCGUCCAGACUUCGUGUGGCUCUGUGGGUUUUUUCUUUUUGACUUGAGUCGUCCCAGAAAUGGUGGGGCACCUACAUUUACAAGCGAUGGAUGAUAGCCUGAAAGGAAAGAACCGAGAAGGGCUGCUCGACAGUCCGGAUUCGGGGUUGCCCCCUAGUCCCAGUCCGCCCUUCUGCUCCCUCUCCCCGGGGCUGAUCGAGUCGCGCUCCGGCAGCUGCACGACGCCCGUCGAGGGCCAUCAUGGAUAUUAUAGAAAGGAGAGCAGAGAAGGCAAACUGCUGCCCUACCUGCUGCUCAACUCCACAGGAACCGACCUGAAGAAUCGCAUGCACCCCGUGUUCUUCGGGGAAAGCAUCAAGGUCAACCCCAAACCGGAGCAGGAAAUCAAGUGCAACUCAGAGGUGAAGUACGACUCCGACAAGCACUACCGGGACCAGGUCUACUGCGCCCCCGUUCCCACGGCCACCUCCUUCAGCGAGACGGUCGUGGCGGUGCGGAACUGCACCUGGAGGAGCUACAAAUCCCAGGUGUACCUGGAGCCGAGGCAGAAACCCAUCAGCUACCAGAGCACCACCAUCAUUUAUCCGAAACAUGCCAAGAACACUUACCGCACCACGCUCAACUACAACGCCGCGGGUUCACGCCGCUGGUUUGUCUCCACGGUGCAGCUGGAGUCGAGUGAGGAUACUAGUCCCUGUAUCAUCUACACAGAGGACCUGUAGGGGGUCCAAGCCCGUGGAGCACAUGGAAAGGGGGCUACCUGGUGAUCAUCUUAUUUUGUUUUUGGAGGACGAGGAACUUGGGAAGGCCCCUGUUGAAAGGGAAAUACUUCAGAAUCCACCAUCUUUACUCGCCAUGGAGGAAACUCUGGGAACCCUUUAGUGAUAUUUAGACUUUCUACUGAUGCAGUCUUUAAAAAAGGGAGUCGGUCCUCUGGCAGUUUAAAGCUGCACUUCAAUGGUUAAUGUCUUAUUUAAUACAAGAGCUGACAAAUUGGUGGCCUUUGCUCUCCUUCGGGUCGGAUUGAAACCUAAGGUGACAAUCAGAUCGUAGAUGUCGUGGAUUUUUAGCCGAGCCUGCCGCAAAAACCCCGUCACACCAAUGCAAAGCUUUCUAAUGUGGCUUUAUUGCACUUGUUAUAACACGGUCCUCUCUCUGUGGACUUUGGCAUUGCAGGGGGGAAUUUCAGCGCUACGUGUGAAAAAAAAGAAUCGGACCAAAGAUAGUUUGAACAGUUUGUCUCUUUGUACGAACACGCUUCUUGUUUUACAAGUUAACACAUUCAAAAAAAAAAAAACAGCAGCUUGUCUAUUUCAAUCAUUUAACGAAUUUAACUGUCUUGUUUAUUCAGCAGAACCAGAGUCCAGUCUCUAAAAAUCAAGUUUGAUCACAGGAAGGACGACAGCACAAUUACAAAAAGGGAGAUAUUUGAAUAUUUUGGUUGGAUAUUGGUGUUUUGGUGAAAAGUCAGUUAAUGAAGUUUGGGAAUUAUUAUUUAUUAAGAGUUUAAACGCUUAGAAACUCAAGUUAAUCUGCUUCAUCAGGACCGUGUGGGUGUAGAACCACAUCAUCUAUAGCUACGAGAUGUUUGCUUUGUUUCAAUCAGUGUAACAAGUUUGUCUUUAACCUGCUUUGGAGCCAGAUGCUGGAGCUUGUCAACACGGAAAAGCACCAUAAAAAUAAAAAAUUGACAAUCAGGGGGGAAGUAUUCAACUUCUCUGUCACAACUCAUUGUGUAUUGGACAAACUGUACCGAAGUCUCACUCAUCUACUUCUCCAUACGAGUCAAACAAACAGAAAAACAACAAUCAACUUCUCAAAAUCCAAAGACAAAAGACUCGGUGGCACCAGCUACUCGUAAAAAAACAAUCGCUACAUUUGUGCAUGAAACUAACAAAGGGUCCCAGUGAUUUACUAAAACAAGUAAAGAUUUGAGUCAAGAGAAACGUUUGCAGCUCUGUCCUAAAGUCAACACCGUUAGCUUUCGUUUAAAACGCUACAUUGAAAAACAACAAUCAUCCAAUCUGUGACUAUGCUAAUCUAGCUAACGUUAUUUGGUCAGUAAGUCUGACAUUUUGACCACAGUGUUUAAUAUUUUAAGGGAUUGUUGUUGUAACUUUUUAAAAAGUUUCAAACUAGUAAAACUGAGUAACGAGAAACGUUUGCAAAAGUCAACAACGUAGCGCAAGCUAACGUUAAACAAGGCGGCAACGUAGCAUCGCGCGCAACUUAAAGCAUAACUUCAUAAAUAAUACAUUUACAGAUUUAGCUGCUUGAAGUUUUAUAAAUAUAGUAAGUUUUCGUUUAAAGCGCGUACAUUGAAAAAUAAAUGUUUUUCAGCGUUUCAUCCAAUAUGUGACUAUGCUAAUGUAGCUAACGUUAUUCGGUCAUUACGUCUGACAUUUUGACCACAGUGUUUAAUAAUUUAAGGGACUGUUGUUGUUACUUUAGUGAAAUUAGAUUUUUUUAAAAGUGUUUCAAACUAGUAAAGAUUUGAGAAACGAGAAACGUUUGCAGCUCUGUCCAAAAGUCAACAAUGUAGCGCAAGCUAAUGUUAAACAAGGCGGCACUGUAGCAUCGCGACUUGAAGCAUAAAUUAAUAAAUAAUACAUUUACAGAUUUAGCUUUAGUUUUAUAAAUAUAGCAAACUAACAUUAUUAACUUUACUGUUUAAAGUGCGUGCAUUGAAAAAUAUGUGACUACUAACGUUAUUUGGUCAAUAAUGUUCAAUGAUUUAAUGUUUAAAUUGUUACUUUAGCAUCAGCGUCAGUUUCAAAAGACUCGAGUAAUGUGUAAACUGGUGGAUGGAAACAUCUGCAGCUAACGUAAUAACAAGCUAACGUUAAACAUGAAGUCACUAUAGCGUCACAACUUAUAAACUAAAUGAUUUUUCUUAAAGGGUCUUAACUACUUUUGGUUUUUGAAGCAUGAAACUUAUUAAAUUCAAAUAAAACACUACAGACAUGCACAAUCAUAAAUCGUAUAACAAUAACACAAUUAGAAAACUAAGAAUUAGUUUGCGUACAUCCCGAUUGUUUCAUUUUCCACCUGGUAAACGCGUAAAACUCGCCGUGGAGUUGCGAAUAGCUGGUGUAGUUGAGUGUUUCGGGUCGAAUUGUUCAGGUUCUGAUCCGAAAAAACAUCAAACAUCAAACUUUUCCCUGUUGAAGAUGUAAAAUAGAUUUUUAUCGAGCGUUUUCGUGACUUCUUUUUGUGUCUGUCUUAUAUAUAAAUAUAUAUAUAUUUAGAUUAUUGAACAUGGCAAAUAUUGAAACUUCAGACUUUACCUCAAAUCUUUCUUAGAUUUCAGUUUUAUUUCAUUGCAAAUGUGUAUUCCCGAUUUUUUCCCACGGUCUUGUUAUUUUCGGUUUGAAAUACCCUCCAGGUUCAUGUGCGAUGGUGACGGAGGUACGUGGAGGCGGUGCAUCAGUACUGUAGGACGGGUACUGUACGAGGUCUUUUAAAUGAGGGAACAAGCAAGUAGCAAAGACUAAAGAUGAGUGUUGUAACGUUUCUGGUAAGAUGACGGAGAGUUCUGCGAAGUGUCGAUGGUCCGAGAGCGGUGAGAGAAAGUUGGUGGGUGUCGUCAAGUUUGAAUCCGUUGGUUUUAUGUGAGAUACUUUCUGCGUUUCCUAACACUUGAUUUUGUUACUGUAAAAUAUUUUCCUGUUGUAUAUGUGGCAUCGAGGCACUUCAUAAUUCUUUAUAUUUUUGUACGUCAAAUCAUCGUUCCUGUUCUGAUCAAAAGGAAAUUAUUUAAAAAAAAGAUGUAUAUCCUGAUUGAAUAAAAAGAUACAAGCGAUUCCCAAACCCUGA